AUGGUGGCCUCCCAAAGCGGAAAACACAGCGACCUAACUGAGAUGGCAGAUGCAGCACAACCCAAAACCCAGACCUCACAGGCAAUCACACUUGACAGAAUCUUUGAGGACUUCUUGGCAAAAUUAAACCACUGUCUACAAGCACCCUCCUCACAGAAGCCGGGCUGUAACUCAACGCAUGAGCGGCCCCCGAGCACUCAGCUCCCUCCAACAUCAAGGGCUCCAGGCCGUCGGCAUCUCAACAAACACCACCCUGCCGCAAAACGCAAGAAAGACAAGCAAAGGGGAAGACAGACGUGCACCAGGCCGUUGACCUCCCACAGCCUGAGUACACGCCAGCACACCUGCCUUCCGGCUGAGACAAGCAGCUACCUGACACCGGGCAAAGGUACACGCCACUGCAGCAAGAUUCACCCUCUACUUCCCAGUCAGUGA